GCUUCCGGCCGCGGGGGCGGGGCGGGCCCGGAAGCCGUGGCGCUGGGACGAGCCGGGCCAUGGCCGCGAACCUGAGCCGGAACGGGCCGGCGCUGCAGGAGGCCUACGCGCGCGUGGUCGCCGAGAAGUCCCCGACCGACUGGGCUCUGUUUACCUAUGAAGGCAACAGCAAUGACAUCCGUGUGGCUGGCACUGGGGAGGGGGGCCUGGAGGAGGUGGUGGAGGAGCUCAACAGCGGGAAGGUGAUGUACGCGUUCUGCAGGGUGAAGGACCCCAACUCUGGCCUGCCCAAGUUUGUCCUCAUCAACUGGACGGGCGAGGGCGUGAACGAUGUGCGGAAGGGGGUGUGCGCCAACCACGUCAGCACCAUGGCCGGCUUCCUGAAGGGCGCCCACGUGACCAUCAAUGCGAGGGCCGAGGAGGACGUGGAGCCUGAGUGUAUCAUGCAGAAGGUGGCCAGGGCCUCGGGUGCCAACUACACUUUCCACAGGGAGAGUAGCCGCUUCCAGGACAUGGGCCCCCAGGCCCCAGUGGGCUCCGUGUACCAGAAGACCAAUGCCGUGUCAGAGAUCAAGAGGUUCGGCAAAGACAGCUUCUGGGCCAAAGCAGAGGAGGAGGAGGAGCAGCGGCGGGCCCAGGAGAAGCGGCGGGCGGAGCAGGAGCGGCAGCAGCUGGAGCAGGAGCGCCGGGAGCGGGAGCUGCGGGAGGCCGCCCUCCGGGAGCAGCGCUACCAGGAGCAGGGCCAGGAGGCCAGGCAGAGCAGGAAAUCUGAGCAGCAGGAAGUGGUUUCGAGGAGCAGAGAGGAACAGGAGCCUGGUCAGCAGUCACCUCGGGAGAUGUUCAUGCAGAAGGAGAGAGCCGUGUCCACCGCACCCACCUCCAGCCCCCAGCCAGGCAAACUGCGGAGCCCCUUCCUACAGAGGCAGCUCCCCCAGCCAGAGAGCCCCCUCGGUGGGGAGAGGGCUCACGCCGCCUCAAGGCCCAGCGCAGGUGUCUGUGAGGAGCCCGCGCCCAGUGUCCCCGAGUGCCUGGUGCAGGCGGAGGAGGAGGCCAUGUACGAGGAGCCCCCAGAGCAGGAGACCCUCUACGAGGAGCCCCCCAUGGGGGAGCAGCAGGACCCUGGCUCUGUGCAUGUGGACCACUACCCCGGGCUGAGCGGGAAGGGACUCUGUGCCCGGGCCCUGUACGACUACCAGGCAGCGGAUGAGACCGAGAUCUCCUUUGACCCCGAGAACCUCAUCACGGGCAUCGAGGUGAUCGAUGAAGGCUGGUGGCGCGGCUACGGGCCCGAUGGCCACUUUGGCAUGUUUCCUGCCAACUACGUGGAGCUCAUUGAGUGAGGCUGCCUGUGGCCUCGUCCCCGCCCCACGUGGCCUUACUGCUGGAGGUGGUGGCGUGACACUGCACCCCAUCCUCUUUCUGGCAUGGGCCGCAAAUGCAGCAAUAACCCAGUGGUUCCCACACGCUUCCAGCAGCCCCCACAGCAGGGGCCUCUGCCUUUCCUGUUCCCUGCAGCUCUGAGGGGUGGUGGUUGGGGAGCCGAGUCGUGGACUUGGCAGCGCUGGCAGCAGCAGCUGGUCUGGGUCUUGCUCCGUGCUCCUGCUCCUCUGUCCCCUGCCUGGCUCUGGGCACUGGGGAUGGGACAGCAAGGCCCCUGAGUACCUGGGCGCAGCGGUAAACACAUCUGUGCUGUGUGCUCUUGCCUGCUGCCCCGUGGCGACACCUGCCGUCUCCCCCUGUCCCAGACUCCCCUGCCCCCACCUCUGUUCGUGGAGUCAGCAUUGCCCACCCAGGCCCCAGCUCCGAUGCCGUGACAGCCUGGCGGCCCCGGGUGAGACCCACCUUCCUGGUGUCUGGGAGUGCUGCAGCCACCUGGACGAGGCAUAAAGAUUAAGAUGUGACUGAAGUCUCUCUCUCUCUCUCUCUCUCUCUCUCUCUCUC